AUGCCACCCAGACGCCAACCGCAGCGCAAGACUCAGACUCAGAAUGCAUUAGACAGCGAGACCAUUGCUAGAAGAACGCAGAAGCAUCUCGAUGAGCUUGAGCGAUCAAACUACUCCGAAGCGGCCACCUCGCAUCUCGAAGGGGACGAGGACGAAGGUGAAGGAAGCAGCAAGAAUCGGAAGGGUCGCGCGCGAGUGCCAAUCUCGGAUAAGAGACAAGAGGCAUUGGACGGCAAGAAGAAGAAGUCAUCGCACGACGUGCGAAGCGCGGUCCUGUACCGCAAGAACUUGGCCACGCUCAUCGACGAGUCGGGAAUAGCGGACCUUCCGCCCACAGUGCCGACGUACUUGACGGCUGCGGCAGCGCCUUCACCGGCGCCGGCGCGGAUGUUGUGCAGCGUAUGCGGAUAUUGGGGCAAUUACCGCGAGCUAGUCGUCGUACAAGUCAAAGUGGACGCCGUCGAGGACUUCGGGGAGGAGAAAGGGGCGAGUCGGCCGACGCACGGCCGAUGCCGUAGCGAGCGUGGCGCGUCAUAG